AUGCUAAAUCUUAUAAAUUACCACUUAACUGCAUGUUGGCAUUUUGUUCUUAACUACUUUUCUCUGUUGGCCCUUUUGUUCCCUCCUUCUCUGCCCUUUCUCUUUCCCCUCCUUCUCUGCCCUUUCUCUUUCCCCUCCUUCUCUGCCCUUUCUCUUUCCCCUCCUUCUCUGCCCUUUCUCUUUCCCCUCCUUCUCUGCCCUUUCUCCUUUCUGCCCCCCCUUCUCUGCCCUUUCUUUUCUCCUUCUCUCCCCCCUUCUCUUCCCUUUCUUCCCCUCCUUCUCUGCCCUUCUCUUUUUUUUGUUUCUCUCCCUUUCUUUUUUCCCUUUCUCUGCCCUUUCUCUUUCUCCUUCUCUGCCCUUUCUGCCUCUUCUUUUUCUCUUUCCCUCCUGCCUCUCUUUUUCUCUACCCUUCUCUUCCCUCUCCUUCUCCCUUUUUUUUUUUUCUCUCAUUUCCUCUGCCUCUCUUUCUCUACAUCCUUGCCUCUCUUUCUCUACAUCCUUGCCUCUCUUUCUCUACAUCCUUGCCUCUCUUUCUCUACAUCCUUGCCUCUCUUUCUCUACAUCCUUGCUUCUCUUACUCUACAUCCUUGCUUCUCUUACUCUACUUUCCUUUUUUUUUCUUUUUUCUUUUUCUUUCAGACUUAUCAGAGAAUCAAAUGCAACAGACAGGGAAGAUUAAGCUCACGGAGCAGAAACAAGAAAAAAAAACCUGAGGAGGCAAUCUGCCCAAUUUGUAAUGAAAAGCUCACUGGAACAGUACAAGAAUUGAAUGAACAUGCUGACCUUUGCUUGAAAAGGAAAGAGCAGAUAACUGAAGAUGAUCAUGUUGAUGUUGAAGGAGACGACAGUGGAGAACAGUAUGAGGAGUAUACUUGGAUGGGUGAGACGAGAAUACGUGCCACCACCAUGUUGGAAGGAGGAUUUGCAGCUUCUGGAUUCCAGUUAUCAAGCAGAAGAUUAUCAGUUGAUGAAGAUUUGGAUUUGAAUGUGGACGGAGAUGACACUGAACUCUAUGGUCGACCACAAUACAGUGAAGUUGAUGUUAUUCCUUGUUCAGCUGAUGAACCUGAAGAAGACAGGCAGAGACAAGCGCUGAGGGGUGCCAUACUUGGUAGAACAGUUGGACCACUGGCAGAAACAUCAUGCAAAAGAGAAACUGUUUCUGAACCAAGUUAUGAAACAGAUGCAAGCAAUUCUCAUUUUUAUAAUCAAAGUCCUGAAGCAGAAAAUACAUCUUUGAAUUUUGACCCCCGGGAUAUGAAUAGUUCUUCUCAAAGUAUAAUUUCCGCAUUAAAAUCUCGCCUGAAAGAGAAAGAAGAGAAAUAUGAAGAGAAACACAAAUGCCUGAUUUGCAUGGAAUCUUACAAGGUCCCUCUAACAUCUGUGCAAUGCUGGCAUGUACAUUGUGAACAGUGCUGGUUGAAGACACUGGGAGCCAAGAAGCUGUGUCCUCAAUGCAACAUGAUUACGUCACCAUCUGAUUUACUUUGUUAUCUAUCUAUCUAUCUAUCUAUCUAUCUAUCUAUCUAUCUAUCUAUCUAUCUAGUUCAUUUUCUCUAUAUCUAUCUAUCUAUCUAUCUAUCUAUCUAUCUAUCUAUCUAUCUAUCUAUCCAUUUAUUCAUUUUCUCUAUAUCUAUCUAUCUAUCUAUCUAUCUAUCUAUCUAUCUAUCUAUCUAUCUAUCUAGUUCAUUUUCUCUAUAUCUAUCUAUCUAUCUAUCUAUCUAUCUAUCUAUCUAUCUAUCUAUCUAUCUAUCUAUCUAUCUAUUUAGUUCAUUUUCUAUCUAUCUAUCUAUCUAUCUAUCUAUCUAUCUAUCUAUCUAUUCAUUUUCUCUAUAUCUAUCUAUCUAUCUAUCUAUCUAUUUAGUUCAUUUUCUAUCUAUCUAUCUAUCUAUCUAUCUAUCUAUCUAUCUAUCUAUCUAUCUCUCCAUUUAG